UUGCAGAGCAUACGCCCAAUAUCAGUAUUAGUAGGUCUAAUGUGUUGCGAAAUGAUAUCGACAGCUGAAUGUUUUGUUUCGUUUCGCUCAUAUCGCUUUCUCACAGAGGGACAGUAGUUCAACUAUUCUCUGAAAAUGUUUGCCUCCGCGUUUAUUCUCUCAUUACUGAUAGCACUGCAGCUUUCUUCUUCUUUGGGAAGCUGCAGCAGUCCUGUCUUCUCUGUCUGUUGGGUUCUAAACGUCAGCGCCUCCGUGAAGAGACCAGAUACCAAGAUAUGGCUGGACACCAAUGAACUUACACCCAUAGGAAGUAAAGGCAAAAUGGUGUCGUUGAUGGUAACGACACUGGAUGUGCAUACAUUACGCGCGGAAUAUGACGGAAUCUCCCAUGUGUGGAACUUUUCAGUUGUUUCUGAUUCCAUCAAUGUGAGCAGUGCGCACAGAACUGCUUAUCUCCCCCCCAGCAGAAGUGGGGAAGCUCUCAAGGCAUUCCAGCCAAAUGAAGUGUUUCCCUGUGAAAACGACACUCAUUAUCUCUACCAAAAGGAGGACUUUAUCAUUGCACUUGGCCACACCCACCGCUUUCCACUGAGGGCGGAGUCUCGGGGUGCCUCCACGCUAUUGGUCUCCUGGCGAGGGAGCCCCCAUGUCCCCCCCAACCCCCUGCACAGAGUGGUGCUGUACCGGCUGGACCUGGAUGGCCUGGCGGUCCUGUGCAACGAGACCACGCACAGGGGGCACUACCGAUUCGCUGGCCUGGACGGCUGCCGGAGCUACGUGGCGUGUGUGGAGAUGGCGCUCGGCCCCACAGUCCUGUGCCUCACCGCGCUCACCGAUCCUGACGUGCCCAGGAACUUCAGGGUGACUGCUUGGGACAGCAACAGCAUGACCGUGGGAUGGGACUGCCCCCCGAGCGACCCCGCCUCAGGCCUCACCGCCUUCCUGCUCACGGUCUUCCACGUGGACGGCUCUGGCCACGUCCUGGAGGAGAGGAGCUUCAGACACACGCUGGGCAGCCCGGUGUUCACCGUGGGCAGCUUGCCCCCCUGUAGCAGGGUGCAGCUGGGGCUUCAGGUGGUGUGCCAGUCUUUGGGCCAGUCUGUGGGCCAGUCUACGGGCCAGUCCCGCCUCAGCAGGAUGGUCCUCAGCGAUGGAAACUCUGCAAACUCUGAAAUCAUAAACCUACACCAGUCCUCCUUUGGCUCCCGCAACUAUACGGUGAGCUGGUCCGUGCAGAACAUCUCCUCCAUCUCCAGCUUUAAGGUGUACCACCAGGGGGAGCUCCAGAGCUCCACGCUCCUCACCUGGCACACAGUGACAGGCCUGCUUCCCUGCCACCAGUACAGCUGCAGGGUGGAGGCCCUGUGUGGGGACAGCACGGUCAUGAGCGUUAGCACCAUCCAGACAAAAACAGGCCCUGGUGAAGUGUUGGAUCUCCGAUUUAGGCAGAAGGACUCGAUAGCCCUGUGGAGCGGCAGGUCUGGGGUGGGCGUGGCCUUCUGGUACCGCCUCUCUGAGAGGGGCGGCCCGAGCGUCCGGAAGGGGAGGCUGGCAGGCCCCCCCCUGCCUCUCCUGGGCCUGAGGCCUGGCUCCCCGUAUGACCUGGAGGUGGUGCCAGAGUGCGAGGGUGGCGAGCGUGGAGCUCCAGCUGUGCUCUACUUCAUCCCAGAGGAAGUCCCUGGCAGUGCCCCCAACGAUGCCCCUGGAGACAUCCUGCUACCCAGAGUUGUUGACUCUGCUAAUCAAACAACAGAUCGCUUCGGACUGCAGGUUCAUCUCCCCAGCCAUGAAAUGUUCCUUGUUGUGCCAUGGACAAUGCCGCCAUCGCUGGAGGAUCCGAGGGCAGAAGCUCGAGUCCUGCUGGAGGGCAUUAUUAAAAGCAAGCUGCAGAACUUACUGAGUAAGUUCUGGCCAAAAGCGGAGGUGCAGCUGAUCUCGUUUGAAGACAGCGAGAGGAAAACAAAAACCAAGAUCACUUUUGAAAGCUUUGAUGUUUCCAGCCAGGAUGGGGUAGUGAUCCUCCGCCCUGAGGAGCAGCUGCAGCAUAUUAUCUCUCUCGGCCACGCCCACAUCACCGUCACAGACGACAGCAUCUACUGGGACGACCCAGAUGAGUGUGACUCCCCCCGCCCUGAACAAGUGCAGCUCCAACUCCGUCUGCAUCAACACCCUGGACUCAUUCACCUGCGUGUGUGAGCCGGGGUACUACAGCCUGAGCCCCAUCCUCAGCCCUGCCUGCCACGAGAAGGGGAUGUUCACGCUAUGCCUGAAGGACCAUGUAUCUGGGGGCAUCUCCAAGCCUUUCCUCAUCCACUACUUUGGUGGGAAUGUGACUGUUGUCCUCAAUGAUGGUCGCUGCUCCAUCAACGAGACGGACAAGUUUUAUUAUUACAGGAUAACUGGCGCCCCCUCCCAGUGUGGAGGCCAAACGCUUAUUAACAGGACGCAUGUGGAGUUGAGGAACGUGCUGACUGUGACGCUCAGCAGCAGGAGAUCCAUCACACGGAGGGACCUGAAGGUGCUGUGGACCUGUGCCUACCCGCUGCUCCAGACCAGCACAGCCCGCAUGAAGCCUGGUCUGGACUGGUGAGAAACACACCCCUCUCUCAUUCAGCCAUCC